AAGGCCUGAACAGAAGAAUAUGGUGAUAGACAUACUACGUUCUAGUAAAACUGUCACAGAGAAAGUCUAAAGACUGGAGGAGCAUUUUGAAGAUUAUUAAUAUAGGAAGAAAAUGAAAGCAGUUCUAGUAUUUCUCUUUAUAAUUUCUCCAGUUAUUUUAACUAGAACAGAUGGAGAUGGUGAUACCUCCUUUGAACCAGUAAUUUCUGAGUCAAAGUCUAGGUUUGCCAUGUUACAGGAUGUGCAGUUGCUAGCCAAUGGACUGCUCCAUCUUGGGCGUGGUCUUAAAGAUUUUGCUAUCAAGACUAAGGACCAGAUGGACGACAUCUUUCAGAAGCUUAAUAUUUUUGACCAUUCCUUCUCUGAAAUCUCGCAACAAACCAAUGAAAUUAAGGAGGAAGAGGAACAAUUAAGAAAAACAACAAUCAGACUACAAGCUAAUAACGAAGAGAUAAGGAAUGCCUCUCUGGAGCUUAAUUCCAAAAUACAAAUUCUUUCACAAGAAAAGAUUCAACUUCAAGACAAAGUUGGGAGGCUUGAAGAAAAAUUAACUGAGUUGUUUCAGACCCUACUUGAAAUUCAGGAAACGGAAGAAAUUGUAUCACUCAGAAAUUUGGUUAAGCAGCAAGACAGCCACCUCCAAAAUCUUCUCAAGAUAGUUCAAGUCCAACAUGCCCAGCUUGCCAAACAACAAGAGCAAAUGCUGGACCUGGAAGAGAAGGAUUUGUCUCAAUCGCUUCAGAGAAGUAACCCUGCUCCUCAAGAUAACACACAGCUAUUCACUGUGAACGUUGAUGAAACAAGGAACACUAAACUUAAUGCGACAUCUAAAAUUCAGUAUUAUGAAGGCAAUGCUACUGAUUGCUCUUGGAUAUACAACAGUGGUGAAAGAUCUAAUGGUAUUUAUUCUAUUAAACCCAGAGGAUCCAACGCGUUUAAUGUCUACUGUGAGAUGAAAACAGAAAGCUCAUGGACUGUCAUUCAAAACAGAUUAGAUGGAUCAGUAGAUUUCAAUCAAACCUGGGAGAACUAUAUAAAUGGGUUUGGCAAACUUGAUGGAGAAUUUUGGCUCGGACUACAUAAGAUCUAUUCCAUUGUAGACAAUACCAACUACAUCCUACGUAUUGAGCUAGAAGACUGGAGAGCUAACAAACGUUAUAUCGAGUAUACAUUCACCAUGGGAGGAUCAGAAACAGACUACAGUAUUCUUCUCUUCAGGCUUAUUGGAAAUAUCCCCAGUGCUCUGCCUGAGCAAAAAGAGGUGAAGUUCUCUACAAAGGAUCAUGAAAACAAUGCAGAAAGAAAUAUCAACUGCCCAGAAAGUUAUUCAGGUGGUUGGUGGUACAAUGCAUGCGAAGAAACAAACCUAAAUGGAAAAUACAUCAAGCCGAGUUCAAAAGGCAGACUAGAAAGGAAGAAGAGGGGACUGUACUGGAAGCCUCGGAAAGGAAGACCCUACCUUCUCAAAUCAACCAAACUGAUGAUCCAUCCUACAGAUUUUGAAAAUUUUGAUUGAGUAUCUUCAUUCAGAAUUGACCUGAUAAACCAUAAACUACUUCAACUGGAGCUGUGCAUAGACUCUUUUUGGUGCUCAAAAGAAACUGGACUAAAGAUUUUCAUUGUUCCUUAAUAUAUUCCUUUACGUGGCUGUCCUACAUUUCUUCAUAUGCUUGUUUCAUAUAAAAACCAGAGUGCCUUGGUCACACUUUUCAAGAGAUGGACAGAAUUAUGGAAGAGGAAAAGCUUUGCUGGGCCUGCUGUGGGCUCUAGAAACCUCGUUAGCACCAGAUAACUGUAAAUGAAGCUAUUUUACCUUAGCUAUUGGGAGAGGGGAAGAAAGGUUAAUCUCAGUUCUCCUUUUCCAGAGGAAUUGCCUAGGGAUGGCCCUGGGUACAGUGAGGAAAAGGGAACUGCCAUGGCUGAAAAGAACCAGAUCAAGGCAAAAUCUUUUGUCUCACAACAGAGGUGGAAAGAAGAGAUGAUAAUUCAUCAUUCUAUCACAGCCUGAAUUUACCCAUCCAGCCUGUCACGUUAUGUUGAAGAAGGCAAUGGAGCCAAUUCCCUUCUAUAGCAGAAAGCAAGCUAUAGUACUGCUUUUCAGGUCACUGGGAAUCUAAGAGUCAUGGGUAGGGCUGCCAGGCUGAACCUAAGAUCCUGUUCCUGUAGCUUUAAUCAUUAGCAAAUCUUAGAUCAGGAAGAGGUAUCAUAAAGUGCUAACGCCCCCUUUAGCUGCUACAGCUGGUCCCCAAAACAGAUAAUUAUUUGGUGGGUUGAGAAGUGCCCAACUCUGUUCCUGUAGCUGGAUGCACAACACUGAAGGUGAACCUCUUUUGUUUGCAUGUAUUGGUGGUGGUGGGAGGCUCUGGGUACAAAAUGCCAACUCCUAUUCACUUGUAAAUAUGCAAACAUGUCAAAACAAUUUUGUUUGUAGCACUGACAUUCCAGUAUUAUGCCUUCUGUAUUAUCAGCACAAUCACUGUAAUUAAUAUAAUUCACUCAAAUGACCAACACUAAAAACAGAAGAAUAUGUGUUCAGCUGUAAGCCACAGCACAAGCUAAUCUUGGAAAAUUGUUCUUUGCCAUUUUUUCCCUUAUGACCUCUUGAAAGAUGUUAAGACUAGUGGAGAUUCUGAAGAAAAAAAAUCAAAAUGUUUUGUGAAUAAACUGACAAGACAACACACUGUGUUUCCAAACUAUGAAAGCUACUUUUUGAAUAAGAUUUGUGGUUGCGGGGGUGGGGGCUGCUGGAACUAAGAACAGCAUUUUUAUUUGAGUUAACAGUACUUCAGAUAGGCAAAUACUGUAACCAUAACCUGGUCAUCUUUGCUGUAAUAAGUAGUGUGAACAAUUUGGCCUCAGUAACACUAAUCAAAGUAAUGCACUCUAGACAGAUAAUACAUAAAGGUACAGCUGCUUUGAUGCCUUCAGGGGCUGAUCAUAAGAGGUAGAUUAAUACAGACCAAGCUUCUUAAACGCAAAUCUUCUUGUCUUGAUUGAGUUGUUAAAGUUAAAUAAAUGUGGUAGGCUUGCAGAAAGAAUUUUCAGAUUGUGUCACAGUGACUGUUACCUGUUUACUGCAGGAUUUUCUAUACAUUUGUUGCAUUUUAACAUUUUGACAGAUCAUUUGUAAAACUGUACAACUAUAUUCUGUUUGCACAACCUGCUAACUGCCUUAAUGUCUAUCGCAACACACUUAUUCACGUUAAUUACAAUGUACUUAUGUUAAUGUGCUAAAAUAAUUAUGUAUACUUUAAACUCAAUCAAAUUUCAAAGUUUAAUGCCUACAUGUUACAGAACAUAGAUAUUAAUUAAAUCCAGUACGUAGUUUUAAACUUUA